AUGUCUUCUCCUCCUGAAGACUCUCAUCCCCCAGGCACCGUGUCGCGUCGCCUACCGUUAUCCGCGCUCGUUUCUGAAUGCGAUCACACCCUGGAUAUCAACAUGUUCAGAGCGAAAUGGGAAAACGACAGCAACGAUCGCAAGAGAAGAUGGCGCAGAACCCAAGUCUACAUGGCCCUGAGAUCUUUCGCAAAAGCCAAGGAAGUCAUGUCAGAUCGAGCGAUCAAUGAGCUGUGCGAGUAUCUAAAGAGAGGCACAUGGAACAGCACGGCCAGGAAUGCCAGUGGGCAUCCUUGCUACAAGCACUUCAAGGGCACGUCGCCAUGUCCCUCGCCCUUUGCUGGACCAUACUAUCCCUACUUCUUCAUCAUUCAGGCUCUGUUUCCGCUCGGCGAAGCUGUCAAGGGAAUGUAUCGGGACCUCUCAGACCUGUGGGAGAUGGAUCUCGAUCCCACUAGACCUUUCUAUCCACGUCUUGCUGACUCCGAGCGAGAGUUCUCUCUCAUCAUGGGCCAGAAACCUAGUCCUCAGGUCCCUGGUCCUGGACCUGUCACUAUGUCGUCCGCGGACCAACCUCAGUCUCCCAAAGUGAAAGCUGAGCAGGACAGUGGAGAAGAUAAUCAUACUCUCAAGCGCAAGGCUCAGCCAGAGAUGUUAAGUAACAAAAAUUCCCCCGAUAACGAUGGAGAACAACUUACAAGUGUUCGAAGUGACAUCAAACAAGAAACCUCCGAGUUCCAAACUCAGCUUCACAAGGACACCACUGGAAGUUAGGAAAUUUCCGAUCGACAUCUUGAUGAAUUGAGAAGAAAAGCACGGGAAAUUCGCCGCCAUCCUAUCAAAGCGCAGAAGUACGCAAAUGCUGCUUUCAAGCUCGCAAACAC